AUGAAAAUCGCAUUAAUCCAACAAGAUAUUGAGGACGCCAGCCCCCAGAAAAACGUUGAAAAGGCACUCCAUCUAAUCCGCACGGUUGUUUCCUUUGAACUUUCCAAGGACUCAUAUUCCCCCGUAGAUCUCGUGGUUUUGCCUGAAUUUCUUCAAGGCAACCCUAAUCAACCCCACCCACCACAUUUUGUUGAUACAGAACAAGUGGUUCUUGCAAGAUUUUGUGAUUUGGCUCGAGAGCUUAAAGUAUGCAUAGUUCCAGGAACUAUCAGUCAUUAUGAGCCAGAUGUAGAGGAACCCACAAGCGACAAAACCAUUCUGCUUAACACCGCAUACUUUAUAGACAGAACAGGAAAUGUGGUUGGCGAGUACCAUAAGAAAAACUUGUGGCAUUCAGAAAGACCCAAAUACACAAAGGGCAAGGAACCACACACAGUCUUUGAUACAGAGUUUGGGAAAACUGGCAUGUUAAUCUGUUGGGAUGUCAUUUGGCCCGAGGCAUUUAAACAACUUGCGGCACAAGAUGUUGAAUUGAUUGUGAUUCCCAGUUUCUGGACCGGUGCAGACAACCUUCUUCCGGAAAACGAAGAUAUCCAUGGAAUCAAUGCAAGUGUUCCUGAAGAUUCUGAGAGUGUGUUUCUCAAAUCUGCAAUGACUACCCGUGCGUUUGAGUCCAACUCCCUGGUGAUUUAUACCAAUGUGGGUGGGGUUCCGUCCAAGACAUUUAUCGGGCAAUCGCAGGUGUGCUUACCCAUGUGGGGGGCUAUUCCAGCGUCACGUGUAUACAAUGUGGUUGGGCUUGAUGGGCUGACGACUGAAGAAGUUGCAGGAUUAGAGCCUGGAGCUUAUGUGAAGAGUGUAAGUAGUAGUGGAUCAAGUAUUUUGGAUGUAAGUGAAGAGGCCAAGGACCGAAUUGCGGUAGUGGAGAUUUCCAAGGUGGCAGAGAAACUUGAACAUGCGGAACGAGUGUAUAAGAUUCGAGAGGAUGCCAAGUCAGAGGAUUGGCAUUAUUGA